AUGCAAAGUGCAUCAGAUAUAAUAUCAUCCUUAUUGUGGUUUAAGGACAACGAAUAUCCAGAUGAAGAAAGUAACUCUCAAAUAAUACAGCAAUUUGUUCAAAAUGUUGAAGAUUUCAGUUCGCAGUAUGGAAGUGAAAUUAGUGUUUCAUAUACAGCUUUUAAUCUUCGUGGGCCACCUUCGAAUUUUCCAGAUUAUGGAGAUUAUCCUCAGGCGUUUGUUAUGAGAACCUAUGGAAAGUGGUGGGAUGAGGCUCCAUCUUUUCAAGAAGAUUAUAUGCCACAAAAUAGUCGUUCCAUACCCAGUCAAGACUAUGUAGAAGUGUCUUUCGAAAGAGCCGUUUAUCCACUUGAGGUGGCUAUAUUUGAGACCUACAAUCCGGGCGCGCUAGUUCGCAUCUGGGCCUUGGGAUCGGCUGCGUGGAUCUUACUUUGGGAGGGUGAGCCGAAGUACGCUGGUGAUAUGCCGAGAAUUUUCAGUCCACCUAUAAAACAAAUAAAUUUUCCAACCAGGAUUCUUCGUCUGGAAUUCAACCAUCGGUUAUUGCCGUAUUAUACAGAGCUGGACGCUAUAUUGCUGCGAGGAAGAGAACCUGCAAACAUGAACAAAAUGAAAAACAAUUUCGCUUAUUCUUCAUUAUUUUACCAGAAAACACAACCGCCCAUCCCCAAAGGUCUUCUAAAUAGAGUAAUAGCAUCAAACCUGCACGAAAAAGUCCUACCGAUUACACCGCUAAAAGAUCAACAUAUCGUCACGGGGCCACCUCUAGGUGACUUUCAAAGAUUACCGGACGAAACUAUUCUGGCAAUCAUGAAGUUUUUGGAUAUGCAGUCUUUAAGCCGCUGCGCUCAAGUGAGCCGCCACUUUAGUAGGCUAGCUCUGGACGCAAUCCUGUACCGGUGCAUCGACCUCAGGCCUUACUGGCACUGCGUUCGCUCACAGGUGCUGUCAACUUUGGGGACGCGUUGCAAAUUCCUUCAGAAGCUCGAUUUGUCUUGGUGCGGGAGUCAUCGCAUGAUACAGCCCCAUUACGUUGUUAAUUUCCUGAGAGACAACUGCUCGGAAUUAACACAUCUGAGAAUGAAUUGCUGCGAAUUUGUCGACAACUCGGUGCUAAGGAGUGUGAUUGAGAAUUGCGCUUAUCUACAAGAGCUGUGCUUGCGUUCGGUCGUGGGGUGUACUGACUGGAUAUGCCUGGCCACACUGAAGCGACUGAGGCGGCUGGAUCUGUACCGCACGGACAUCGGCACGAUUGCCGCCGUCGCCAUAGUGCGCGCCAACCCUCACCUGCAGCAUGUGAAUGUUGGUUCGUGUAAAAUGAUAUCGGCAAUGGACGAAGUGGCAAUAGCCUUGGGUGCCAAUUGUCCUGGACUCAUAUCCGUAGACUUUUGGAAAUCUUAUUCGUUGACCGCGGUGGGUAUUAGGUCGCUCGGGAACUGCAAGAUGCUGCAAGAGUUGGAUGUGGGAUGGUGCUUACAAGCGGGCAGUUCAGGCGACUGGUUGGCUUCUCUAGAGGGGAAAGAGCUUCGCAAACUGUUUCUUGGAGCUUUACGUGGAGUUUGUGACCGUGACCUCCGCACUUUAAUACCACGCGCGCCAAAACUAUCACAACUAGACCUGUUGGGCGUCAGAGCGGUCACACCUGAUAUUUGUAGCGAUAUAUUAGCGCGAUGCCAAGAGCUGAGACUGUUAGAUGUCAGCUUUUGUGAUCAAAUUUUGGAAUCUCAGGUAAACGAAUGGCGGCGACAAUACCCACACGUGAGCAUCAAGAGAUCGUUCCAGUCCGCCAAUAUGAGUGCGGUGCCUAGCCCCCUGUUCUUAGCUCCCAGUCUUGAAUGA